AUGGAUAUUCCUUCCCCUAUCGUUGUGGACAUUCCUUCCAGGCUUCUAACUCGAACCUUCUUAAACUGCAGUUUUUACAUCAGUAAUCCAAUUUUGGGAGAAUAUGUUGCCCUUCCAAAACCCAAAACACAGACCGGAGAUGAUUUUGUGGCGUUUGGGUUUGGAUUUAGUUCUGCCACCAACCAGUAUAAGGUUGUAAGAAUUGUGCUUAAAACGGGUUGGGUUCGGGGGGCUGGAGAAUCACUGACUGAGGUUUGUACUCUUGGAACUGGUACAUGGAGAAAUGUGGGUGAAGGUUUAUUCCCCGAUCCCGAAAAACUGUGUGGUGUUAUUCAGAAUGGGGCUCUUCAUUGGAUUGUUGGCUUUAUAGUUGAUCGUAAAAUUUCUUAUUCUUUAUAUUCGUUUGAUAUUGAGGAUGAACAAUUCCGCCCAAUUCCACUGCCUCUAGAUAUUCAAAAUAACAUGGAUUUAGUCAAUUUGGGAGUGUUGGGGAACUGUCUGUGUGUGUUUGAUAAUAGGGAGCUUCGUUGUCUUGAUAUAUGGUCAAUGAAAGAUUAUGGAGUUGCUACUUCUUAG